AUGUUGCUGCUCCCUGGUUAUAUAAAUCCUACUAGAAUUUUUCCUUUACUCUUAUUAAUUAUUGUUCCAGCAUUUUCUAUAAUUGUGGACUAUGAUAAUUGUGUGAAAUUUAGUCCGUUAACAAUUUAUCCCCCUGCAUCGAAUCCUCAAAUGCGAUAUUAUUUAUUCACCCCAAAUAAUCAAAUAGAAGGUGAAGAAAUCAUAUAUCAAGAUUUUGGAUCGUUAGAUUCUUCGCAUUUCAAUAAACAAUGGCGUACAAGAUUGUUUGUUGGAGGUUGGAAGGUUUUUCCAAAUAACUGUAGAACAGCAUUAUUAAAAGAUGCUUAUUAUGAAGCAGCAUCUUAUGAUAAACCUACUAAUUUUAUUAUAGCCGAUUGGAGUGAUUGGAAUACACAAGAAUAUCCUUUUGCUGUUGCUGAUGUUGCAUAUGUUGGAGAAUUAAUAGGAGAUUUUAUAAAUUUCUUAUAUAAUUAUGGUGUGCCUUAUGAUAAUAUUUAUAUAAUUGGGCAUAGUCUUGGGGCACAUGUAGCCGGGGCAGCUGGCAGUUCUAUAAAACCAAAUCAAGUUAAUACAAUAUUUGGCUUAGAUCCUGACGGAGUCGUUGCGGGUGUUACACUUUCUCACAUAUUAAAUCCAAAUGAUGCUGCUUAUGUUGAAGCAAUAAUUACUGAUAUGAUUGCAGGAUUAGGAUACAGUUUACCAGGACCAAUAGGGGAUGCACAAUGUUAUCCACAUUUUGGACAACGUUAUCAACCAUCUUGUUCCGUCUUAAGUACUGAUCAAUUUUGUAGUCACGCUGUUGCUGUUGAUUAUUUUGCUAAUAGUUUAGGGGAAGGUAUAGAAUUUUGUGCUAUACCAACUACUUUUCCGAACAUGGUAUUAUCAAUUGCACCACAAGAUGAUGGUUUGUGCACUUACGUAAUGGGUGGUGAUCCGUCACAACCUAAGAACGGAAUUCUUUACGUUCCUACACAAACUUCAGUACCACUACCACCAUAG